UAUAACUUGAAUAUUUUCAUCAUUAUAUUUCCAGAAAUAUAAAGAUGGUUCCGAAAAAUAUUUUCUUGUUGAUUCUGAUACUGUUACCACUGGCGAUAUCAAUGCCUUCUGAAUUACGCCGGUUGAGGCGAUCUGUAGGCAGUUACCAAGUGGAGGGGUGUUUCUCGUAUUUUAAUGGAUCAGGUUUCACCAAACAACGCGGGAAUCAUAACUCAAACAUCAGAUGUCAAGAUACGUGCCGAGACAAAGGUUAUAUUCUGGCUGCAACAAAAGGAGGUGAAUGUCAUUGUGGAAAUAUCUAUCCAAAAGGUAGCAAAGUGGAUAACAGCCAAUGUUCGAGCAAAUGUAGGCCUUACACCCCAUGCCAUGAACCCCAGAGUUGCUGCGGAGGACCAAAUGCAUAUUCUGUAAGUGUUGUUGGAAAUAUUGAUGUAGCAAAACAAGUUCUUCGACGGCUCAGUUACGAAUGGCAGACAAACGACGAUUAUCGUAAUCAUCUCAAAACACUUGUCACAAUUCUAAGUCCUCAAACCGAACAAGCCAAUUGGGAGGAAUCAUUUGAUCGCGAAGGAUGGUCGUUAUGUGGAAAUGGCAAGUAUAUGACAGGAUUGUACAGAAAUAAGUUUAAGUCCGGCGAUGAAAGAAUCGGAAGAAUUGAGUUCGCCGAAUGUCGUGACGCUCCGACUAAUCUGUAUCCAAUGAAGGAAUAUUUCGAUUGUUACAACCAUAACUGGUGGUCAAGUUUUAAUAGCAUUGGCUGGUCGAAAUGUAACACGGGAUACUACAUGGCAGGUAUUUACAACACAAAUGGGGCAGAAUUAUACCAUAUCGAAGAAGCAAAAUGUUGCCGACCUAAAUCUCAAGAAAAGCUUUGGGGAAAAUGUUACAAUCUCGAUGUCUGGACUUCGUUUGAUCAAGAAGGAUGGAGCAAAUGUCGAAGUGGUUAUUACAUGGCGGGACUUUACAGAAAUAAUUGCGAGAGACUUGGUUGUAUCGAACAUUUUUUCUGCUGCAAGAUGGGAGCGUACAAAAGAGGUUCAUGGAUUGAAAGCCCAGAUCUAUUUAUAAAAGUAAAAGAUGCAGCAGGACAAUUGAAGCACUGCUCAAUGAACGCGAUGGAUAAGUCGCCAUCAAGCGAAACGUACAAAUGCAAGUCCGCAUCUGAUCUCACUAACAUGUUGACACUUAAUGCACUGAAGUUCAUAAUCGAAGACAAGACGCCACUUAACACCGCCAAGCCUGAAUCAGUUGCAGGUUUCCGUCCUGUCAUUUGCUCAUCGCACACAAAUUCAUACAAGUGCUCAAAAUGGCUAACCACGUCAAUUUCCACUUCAUCCAGCUUCAGUAUUGGCACUGGGUUCACUUUGGCGGUAAAAGUUGGGGCAUCUGUGGAACUUGAAGCCAAAUUUUUUGGUUCCGGAACCAAAACAGCCUUUUCAACCGAAAUAUCAGCUUCAACAUCUUUCGACGUGGAAUCUAGUAGAUCAAAUACAUAUACUACAACGGACAGGACGGACGUUUCAGUUCAAGUGCCAGUAAACACCGAAGUUACGAUCAAUCUUCUGCGAACUGUUCAGAACUUGGUAUACAAAUGGAAAGCGGAUUUUCAGAUGUUGGGGAAGUAUUCUCUAAAAUGGAAAAAUGAGCAGGAAUUCUUCCAAGAUGUGACGACGGUGCUAACCGGACCAAAGAGGAAAAUAUAUGCGUUUGGAAGUUGGAAUUAUCCAGACCCCGACGUUCUCAGGGUGGUAAUCACUGACAAGUAUGGAAAUGAGAUGCGUUCAGGAUGUGAGCAUAACGCUGGUGAGACAGUAACAGAAUGUGAGCCAUAAAGAAUGAAAAAACUUAAUUGCAAGAUUUAUUAUUCAAUUUAUUUUCUGAUAUGGAUUGUUUUUCAAGAACUUGUCAUAAGUAACCAACUACAUUACUUAGUUUAAUUAUUAUAAUUUGAUUGGCACUUAUUAAAGCUGGACAAUGUCCAAAAUUUGAAGUUAUAUAUUUUCAAUACCGCCAGACAUAUAAUGCAUUUGAUUGAAAUAUCUAUAUCGGAAGGAUUUAUGUUGUUUAUAUACCCAUUACAUCCAUCUUACUUUUCUCCAGGGGUUUUGAAGUUUAGCUUUGUUAUUUAAUACUAGCGUAUCAUUAUACAUAUAGCUAUAGAGCUUAGCGUUUGAAAGUAGUUAUACCUGAGCAGAUAAUAGCCUGUAUUGUUCUGCAGUCUUUCUGGCCAAACAUGCAUUGUAGACCAAUAGGUCAUUAUGCAAUCAGAAAUUUCUUACAGCUGUUAAGCUGAAUUUCCAAUUUAAAAAUGACUUAGUCUUAGUGUUGAAAGGAACAAGAACGACAUGUUUUUUACUAGCUAGUUAUUGCAAUAAGAUUAGUUAUUUCAGUAAGUAUCUAUUCAGUUUAAUUUUUUGCUUGCAGGAAUCAUUUAGCGAGUUUGAGUUCGCGAUGUUCUAUUAGUUAUCAUGAUUACUAUUUUGGAGGUGGGUGUCCUGCAUGGGACCUUUUAUAAGAGCCCUGUUCGUACCUUACCUUUUUGGAUCUACAUUUGAUAUCUAGGUUAUUUUAACUUAAUGUAAUAUUUGUUCUGUUAUAUUCUUUUGCUUAUUAAAAAUUGUGAAUAUCGAUCCAAAUAAAAUUUGUUAAAUUAAAAUUUA